AUGACCUGGGCAAAUGCAACUUCGAGCCUUUUCGUGUUCGCAAGUCCAUGGCAAGUUGACCGUCCACUUGCCUUGUCCCAUAGUCAAAAUGACUAUUUGCACGAGUGGCAGCGCAAGACCGAGGACUACUUGGACUUGCUACUUCGGCAAGAGGGUCCACCUCCAAACAGGAUGUGCUCAGACAGUUCACAGCCUCAUGCCUUUUCAUCGGAUCAGUCAAUGGACCGGGGGAUUCUUCGAGGGCACUUCCUUGACAAAGAUAGGGUUGGAAGUCCACCUUGGCCACUGCGGGCGAGCCUUGUCCCAGGACUGACCGACGAGUGGUGCGAUACAGAUGAUGAGGGAGACCAAUUGACUGAAGGCCCAUGGAUACCCUUGGUUAAUGAUCCUCGGACGACCACGGUGUCUUUCACUUCGCCGAAGACAGCAUUCACAUUUGCAGUGUUGGACGACUUCCUGCUGGACAACCUGGAAUGCGGGACAUCGGCAAUGAACUACUACAGUAAAUUAAGGCGAAUCACCUCAAGCGUGUUUCCUCAUCUGGUUCCACUCAAGUGGCAUGGGUUUGGCCAUGAGAAGCGACAGCCGAAGGCAGGGGAGCUUGCACUCUUCUGUCCUGCAUGUCCUCAGCCCGGUGUAAAUCUCAAUUUGUCAGACAGAAAUGAGUCCGACCCUGCAUGGCUGUAUUCCAGAUCGUUAGUCAUGGAUGGCAAUUUCAAGGCAGAGCAUUUGUAUCCCACCAAUCCAAGCGAUGAGGUGGCAUUGACCGAUGGCUUGGGCUUCAUGGUCGGUGAUGCCCGAUACAAAAUGCAUCUAUCCCAGGCGCAGGACAUUGUGCAAAGGUCAGACUGUAACAACCACCGAGCGGUCAACCAGGCAAAUGCCUCGGCACCACAAGCUGGAAGCAACAGGGAUAGGCGGAUGUGCUUGUGCGAGGCACGGGUGUUUUGUUCCUCAUUCAAUGGUAGACUUUCAGAAGGGGGAAAGGUUCAACUGAUGAGUCGGCCAGGCCAAAGGCAGAUGAACAUGGAUUAUGCCCUGUGUCAAGCUCUGGGGUACAAUACCGAUGGGAUCAAUCGGGCAUUCACAUUCUAUGACAUUAAUUGUCAAUACAACAAGCAUCUCAGCAAGCGGAUUGAAGAGUCGCCUUAUCUUGACCUUCCAUGGGGCAUGAUGAUACACAUCAGCAAAUUCCUUGGCAGAAAAUUCAAGGAGGCUGUGCAGGGUGUCCGAGACAGCCAGUAUGCAUUUGACUGGUUAAGCGAGACCGCCAAGGGUGAUACCCUUCACACAUGGGAAGCAGAGGCCACUGCCACUCAGGAUGACCGACUUCAUAAUCCAAGUUCCAUGGACAUAUAUGAGGUUCAAUUGACAAAAUUAUUUAAUAUGCUGAUAUACUUUGGCAAAGCGCCAACAAGAAAACAGCAAGAGUUACACCUGCUGAACCAUCAGGCUCAAUGGCCGGCCGGUGAGAUUCAUCAUGGUGCUGCUACUUGGCUAGCCUCUGGAAUUACGCUGGAAGAGGCUCAAGUAGCCCUCCUGAUCGACGUAAGAAAGCUAGGCAAACAGCCAACCGACACCCAGAAGCUGGCUGUGGCCCGGCAUCAUGACAGAUUGCAAGGCCAACUGGAUGAAUUUGUCAGGGUCGUGGUGACAUUUCUCGGCGAUGAAUUAAACAGCUGUGACCAUUUGGAUGGCAUGAUGGUGAUGUUGGAUACAGUAGAAGCGGAUUCCGUCGGGUCAUCAUCCGAGGAUCCCGAGAGGUCAGAUGAUGAAGACCGAUAUGAUAUUCCGGUGAAGUUCAAUCCUGAGACCGUGGUGAUUCCAUUGCCGUCAAACAUCGGCAUCGAAAGAUGCGCCCUGUGGGGCGUUGCCGACCUGGUGCUGCAAGAAAUAUUAUUGAGAGAAAGCCAAGCAAAUGAUGCAUUACAUGCCGUCCGGGUCAACUUGGCCGACAAGGCCGUUCUGUUUCGCACCAUGGUUUGGUCGGCAAAAUCCCAAGCACGGUCAACCAGGGCAUGGGCUCGGGUGCACUCAGUGGACAAGGUCCUACACCUAAACACGCAGAUAUACUCAAAAUGCUGCAAGCAGCUAAUCCAUCUUGGUGCCGAUGACUUAUUGUCCAAGUAUCGGCUGUUGGAGAAGGCCGACCUCAAGGCUACCACAGUUGUUGCAGACCCAAACACGCGUGGUCAAAGAAAUAGCAUGUUAGCAUGGUUUUGGAGCAUUGAUGUUGAGGGGGAUUCUGCAAGCAAUGACUGGAUGAAUGAAUUUUACCGUGUCCAUUGGCUUAGGACACUGGCACUGCGUGAUCGUUGGGCAGAGGAGCUGCUGCUGGUCGGUCGGGAAAUGACAUGGACGGUUGAAUUUUUUCUUCAUAAAUCUCAACAAUGGGUAGGCCGAAUGCAGGAGGCCGAUGUACAGCGCAUGGUCAGGCACCGGUGCUAUGCUGCCCACCAGGCUCAAAUACAUCGGCAAGUGCCAAAGUGGAUUAUUUGCAACCGGAACCAUAUACCUCGGACACCAGAUUACAAAGCCAGCUUCGUCCGGCACCUUCAAUGGGAGGCUGAUUGUUUUGUUGUGCCUAACUACCGGUACGAUUGGUGGAAGGAUCACUUUGACCAGUUGGGGUUGGACCUGCCGGUCUUGAACAUCCAUGAGGUCAUGGAGAUGACCCAAGACCACUUUGAACAACUGCCGACGGGAGCCAUGCUUGUGCCUGGUCCUGUGGUGACCGGGCAGGUGGAUGGCAAUGCCCUCUUCAAUCAAAUCGUGGCAGUGAGAGCCCACCUCAAACAUCUCGGUGAUGCAAUGGGUGCUUUGCUGGACCAGAAGACCCAGGUCGCCACUGCAGCUGCAUCCACCAUGUCCCAACUUGAGGGACCGAUUGCCGACCUAGAGGAAGUGCUUUUGAAUUCUAGUGGGCAAUUGUCGGGCAAGGAUUGA